GAGCUACCACACAGUCGUGUGCCACACACGGUCACCCCAUAUGACCGUGUGUGUUCUGUUAAGUUUGGUGCAGGUUUCACACUGUCUAAGACACGGAUUGAGACACGGCCGUGUGUCUCAAGUCAGUAGGUUACAUGGGCCAGCACAAGGCCUGCGACACGACCGUGUGAACCACGUCAGUGAGUUGCACGAUCUAUGACACGGGCUAGGGCAUAACUGUGUGUUCUUACUUUGAAUGCUCACACGGUUUGAGCUGUGCCACACGGUUUGGCUACACGACUGUGUGACCCCUAUUUUCUAAAAUUUCAAGUUUUCCCAAAAAAAUUAUGUUUUGAUUCAUUUUUAUCCUUGAUUACUUUCAAACUAAUUUUUGGGCCUCGUAAACCUGAAUUAUGGCCCAUGUGAAUAUUUAUUCUAUGAAUUGAUAUGGGUUUAUAGGUUAAUUGAAUAUUUGUUUUGAAUUAAGAUAAAUUGUUUUGUUUGGUUUUGUAACACUCCAAUCCUUAAUCUGGCAACGGAAAAGGGAUGUAGGUGUUACACACCAGAUUCUAGUCUAACACAAAACUUCUAUUUUUCAUCAAGAUUGUUAUAACUUCUUGCCCCAAUGAGUCAAAUAUAAUGCAGUUAUAAUUCUUAAAGAGAAUAUUAUAAUUUUUCUCAAGCACUUGACCAAUCCUAAGGUGAUUCUGAUAUAUCGCAGGUACUAAAAGAACAUCUGAAAUUAUUUUAGUACCUGAUGGCGAACUGAUCACCACUUUGCCCUUGCCUUUAGCUUUUAAGAGUUCGUGGUUACCAAUUCCCACCUUAAGAUCGCAACUUCUGUCAAUCUUUUUGAAAUUGCUUUCAUUUGAGGUCAUAUGGUUGGUGCAUCCAUUAUCGAUAAACACAUCUUUCGUCACUCUAUUUUUCUAUGUAGAACUUGUGGCUGCAAACACCUGCUUCUCCUGAAUGUGAUCUCCCUCAGCCUGAGCCUACACAUUCUGUUGAGAGACCUCAAUGGUAACUUCACCAGAAACAGCACUUACCAGGCGAACCUCGACCGACUGCUUUCGUCUUUCACCCUCAAUACAUCAAAUGAAAACGGGCUCUACAAUUUUUCAUCAGGCCAAGGCUCCAACAUAGCCAACGCACUUGCACUUUGCAGAGGAGAUGUGAACUCAAGUGAUUGCUUCACCUGCAUCAAUAAUGCAAACGAUAAGCUCAGAAACCGCUGCCCUUACCAAAGAGAGGCGAUUAUAUGGUAUGACUAUUGCAUGUUCCGCUACACAAAUCGUACCAUCCUUGGUGUUGCAGAAACCUUGCCUAGUCUUUACACGUGGAAUUUAAAUAACGCCACGAGUACUAAAGAUGCUUUCAAGCAGGCCGUGAGUUCUUUAAUGGACAACCUAGCAAACAUUGCUUCAACGGGGACAUCCCUUGGAAAGUUUGCAACAGGAAGUGCACUGUCACCUUUCCAAGCAAUAUAUGCGCUUGUUCAAUGCACUCCUGAUUUGACAAUGAAUGAGUGCAGCUAUUGCCUGUCACAGGCCAUUGGAGAAAUUCCGCAAUUCUUGGACACAAAACGAGGAGGCAGGAUAUAUAUGCCUAGUUGUUAUUUUAGGUUUGAGAUUGAACGCUUCUAUGAUCUUACUGCUGCUGAUACUGGUACAACAAUACCAUCCCCACCUUCUCCCCCGCCUUCAAACGACACCACAACAAUAGUAAAUAAGCAUAAUUCAUCUCGAACGACUAUUGUCGUAUCCAUCUCGGCUGUUGCUUUUGCUGUACUAUUCAUUUCGAGCUGCAUGUUCAUCAUUUCAAGGAUGAGGAAGCCAAAGCUGAAACCUCAAAAGCAUGAAUUAACGGAAGCAGAGGAUGAAAUCACAACUGUAAAGUCCUUACAAUAUGAUUUCAAUACCAUUAGAGCUGCAACAGAUCACUUUUCUGAUGCAAAUAAGCUUGGACAAGGUGGAUUUGGAGCAGUUUAUAAGGGCACACUUGCUGGUGGAAAAUUAAUAGCAGUGAAAAGGUUAUCUUCAGAUUCUAGACAAGGAGACCUUGAAUUCAAAAAUGAGGUUCUAUUAAUGGCCAAUCUCCAGCAUAGGAAUUUGGUUAGGCUCCAAGGUUUCUGCCUUGAAGGAAAUGAAAGGCUUCUCACCUAUGAGUUUGUCCCUAAUGGAAGUUUGGAUAAAUUCUUAUUUGAUCCAGUUACGCAUGCAUGUUUGAACAGGGAAACACGAUACAAUAUCAUAGAAGGAGUUGCUCGCGGAAUUCUCUACCUUCAUCAAGAUUCUCGACUCAGAAUUAUUCAUCGAGAUCUCAAAGCUAGCAAUAUAUUGUUAGACGCAAAGAUGAAUCCGAAAAUUGCAGAUUUUGGCAUGGCAAGAUUGUGUGCUGUCGAUCAAAUUCAAGGUUCUACUAAUAGAAUCGUUGGAACAUACGGAUACAUGGCUCCUGAAUAUGCAAUGCAUGGUCAAUUUUCAGUUAAAUCAGAUGUUUUCAGUUAUGGUGUACUGGUUUUGGAGAUUUUAAGUGGUCAAAAGAACAGAGCUUUUCAUAAUGGGAGUAACACAGAAGAUCUUCUAAGCUUUGCAUGGAGAAACUGGGAGGCCGGGGCAGCAUUGGAUCUUGUAGAUCCCAAUUUGAGGAAUGGUUCAAGAAGUGAGGUGAUGAGAUGCAUUCACAUUGGGUUGCUUUGUGUUCAAGAAAAUGUAGCUCAAAGACCAAACAUGGGUGCAAUUGUUCUAAUGCUUGCUGGCCACUUUGCCACUCUUCCACUACCCUCAGAACCUGCACUUUUUAUGCACGGCAAUACUCAAUCCGCAAUGCAGAAGUGGGACUGGGAGGACUUAAACUCAGGGGCAACAAAAUUAAGUCAAUUCCCAAAUAAAUUUUCUGUAGUCUCAGAAAAUAUGGUUUCAAUUACCGAGAUGUAUCCAAGAUAGCAAGUUGGUAACGUAUGUAUGCAUUUUUUGUGUCAAAAUCCAUUCUCAUUGUGACACCCA